AUGAUGCAGCAGUCCAGCAUUGGCGCCGCUCGUCGCGUCUCCCCCGCCUCCCGGAAGCCACGCCAGAGACCAUCCCCAUCGCUGGCCCGCCCAGGCCGAGAUGGGGCCCGAAGGGCCUGCAUCUGGGCCGAGCGGUCGACGCUUGUCACGUCCUCGGGAAUGAACGCCAUCGUUGCCACGCUGCUUGCGCUCGUACUGCCCGGUGCCGGCCACGUGGUGACCACGACUGAGUGCUACAGCGAGGCACGCGCCUUCAUCCGCGACAAGCUCUCCAAGAUGGGCAUCAAGGUGACAUUCAUCGAGCUGAACGACAUGGACACGCUCAAGGCCGUUCUUGACCAUGGCGACGUGACACUCUUCUACACUGACUGUCCGACGAACCCCCACCUCAAGUGCAUCGACAUUAAGCUCGUCGCGGAGCUGUGUCACCGCAAAGGGGCUCUAGUGUGCAUCGACAGCACCCUCGCCUCGCCCAUCAAUCAGAAGCCGCUCACCCUCGGGGCCGACAUCGUCGUGCACUCUGCCACAAAGUACAUUGCCGGCCAUCACGACGUCAUUGCAGGAUGCAUCAGUUGCUCGGAUGCGCUCAUCUCUAGGAUCCGUGCGUGGCAUCACGACCUCGGCGGCGCCAUUAGUCCGGACGCAGCCUACAUGAUCAUACGCGGCCUCAAGACGAUGGUGCUUCGCGUGGAAACACAAAACAGCACUGCAUUGCGCAUGGCGCGCUUGCUCGAGAACCAUCCCAAGAUUGAGCGGGUGUACUACCCUGGACUCAUCAGCAGCCCAUGGCACCACAUCGCCAACAGCCAGAUGACCGGUUGCGGUGGCGUCAUCAGCUUCAAGGUGGCGUCAGACCUGCACGGCGUCAUGAGGUUCAUCGACGCAUUGGAGAUACCCUUCAUUGCAACCUCUCUUGGCGGGUGUGAGAGCCUCGUGCAACAGCCGGCGGUCAUGUCCUUCUGGGGGGAGAAUGAUGAGGAGAAGGCCAAGAAUGGGAUCAAGGACAACUUGGUGAGGUUUAGCUUCGGGGUUGAGAAGUUUGAGGAUCUCAGGGAUGACAUUCUCCAAGCCCUAGAGAAGAUUUAG